AAAAUGUUAGAAAGUGAAACCAAAGAAUGCAAAGCGACAAAGCUUCUCAAGUCUUUGGGUUAUUCCUCCCCAAAGAAAUUAACUGAUAGAGGCGAAAGAAACACCAUAAAAAUAACUCUCUUUGAGGCUGAAAUUCUUAAAGACCUCAAUUCCAAAGAGAAAGUUGUAAUUCGAAUGGUUGAAAAUCUCGAUCCAGAAGUACUAGCAGAGUUCGAAAAGGAAUAUGAAGCUGCUAAAAUUGUAAAAGAUAUUAAUCAUCCAAAUAUUGUAAAAAUCAACAAGGUAAUACCUUAUGAAAAAUACUUGAUUAUUGAAAUGCCAAAAUAUUUCAGUGAUUUAGAACAACUAGUCUUGCAAAAUGAGACUGCCAGUGAAGAGACAUGUCUUCCAACGGAUCUGAUCUUUAUGGUUGCCUAUCAACUGACCAAUACUCUUGUUUUCCUCGAAACAAAGAAAAUCAUCCAUCGAGAUAUUUCACUUGCAAACCUAUUAGUAGAGGAAUUUGAUAAGGAAAAGGGAAUUCUCAAAAUUGUUUUGGCAGAUUUUGAGAGAAUGCACAGUGGUCCGCCAAAAAUGUGUGAUGGUGAUAUUGACUUGUCGUCUGGAGGUCAAGUUACUUCUCCACCUGAAUUGUAUAGUGAAACUUAUGAUGUUUGGGAGUUGGGAGCUAUUAUUUAUCAAAUGAUAACUGGUGAUUUAACAACCACGUUUCGUCUAUUGCAACCUCACCAAUUAAGAAUACAUUUAUAUGGAACUGAUGAAGAGAAUCAAGUUGUAACAGAUGGUUUGUAUCAGAAAAGAUUGAGGAAUAGCUAUAUGGUCCCAUACUUGUGGUCCUGUUUUCAGAAUCAUGCAAAGAGGAUUCCUUCUGUUGCAAUUAUGGAGGAAAUACUUGCUCAAUUUUACUUUUAUGUUUCGAAUACAAAGAAGAUUUUGACAAAGGAAAGAAAGGAAAAACCAAAGGAAUUUUUCGUGUUGAACUUUUUCCAACACUUAGCAACAAACGAGGACAAGUUUGAAGAAAUUCUCAAAAUGGAAUCUAAAGACAUGAAUAAUACAGAGCUAUACAUUAAGAAUGUGUUCAACACCAUGUUUGGUAAUAAGGGAGUUUUCAAU